GGCGCCGCGGCGGGUGAGAGGUCAGGCGGGGCGGGCUAUGAUGAUGGCGGCGGCGGAGCAGCUGCGGGUCGGUGUGAAGGCGAGAUCCAGCCGGAGACGCGCAGGAAAUAAACAAUCAAGUAUUUUGAAAAAUGAAGAUGUAGCACAAAGGAGGGCAGCACUUGAGGCUGCUAUUAGAAAGAAGUUUGAAUAUGAGAAAAAAGCUCUGCGUGUUGUUGAACAGCUAUUGGAGGAAGAUAUUACAGAAGAGUUCCUUGUGAAUUGUGGAAGUUUUAUUACCCCAUCUCACUAUAAGGAUGCUGUGGAGGAGCGUUUUAUCAUCAAACUCUGUGGCUAUCCCUUAUGUCGAAAUGGGCUAGAAAAUGUGCCAAAACAGAAGUACAGAGUUUCAACAAAAACAAACAAAGUUUAUGAUAUUACAGAAAGAAAGUGUUUUUGCAGCAAUUUUUGUUACAGAGCAUCUAAAUAUUUUGAAGCUCAGAUUCCCAAAAGUCCAGUGUGGAUGCGAGAAGAAGAAAGACCACCAGAUAUAGAACUGCUGAAGGAGGGGCAAAGUGGCCAGUCUGGGGAAGAAGUAAAACUACAUGAUGAAGUCAUUAAAGUCUCAGAUAUUGAAAAUCCUAAGACAUCAGCAAGCCAGUGUGACUCUGCUUCCCAUGGCACAUACAGUGACAGCAGCAGUGAUACUGAACAAGAAUUUGUUUCCUCUAUUCUACCAGAAAAUCGAUCAAAUGCAACCAGUCUGGUGCGACCAUUGCACAAAAAAAGUAUACUCAAAAAGAAGCCUGGUCAAAAUAUAAACUCCACGCAUAGAGAUGGAGACCAUAGAGUGAUAAAUGUCACCGAACAAUUAAGUGAGUGCAAAUUAGAUAUCCAGGAAAAAAAGAGUUCUUGUUCUGUUAGUGGCAUUUCUUCAGACAUUAUUAUAUCGGAAAACUUAAAAAAUGCAGAAAACUAUGAAAGUAGGUGUAAUGGUUCACAAGUAGUUUUGCUAGGUGUGAGCAAAGAGGGGGCAGAACAACUCAAAAAAAUACUUGCUAAAUCAAAGCAGCAUAUCAAACCUAAAAUGAGUGCACCAGUUGAUUCCCUUACUGCUACACGUAAUGUGUUAGAUGUGCUUAAGCAGACUUUUAUUGAAUGGAGAACUGAAGAAACUUACAAGUUUCUCUGUGGAUCCAGCUAUGCUACUGUACACUUACCGGAACACACAUCAGCUGUCAACUGUGAGAAAGAAGAACUUGAUGAGGAUGACUUAGAAACAGCAGAUGACCUUAAUGAUGCUGCUGCUGCUACAAGGGAAUCUAAAAACAGUUUGAACCAGUCUUUGCCUUUUGGGGGCACAGGUGCAACAGUUAAACCUUUGCCUAGCUAUGAAAAACUAAAAGAAGAAACAGAACUAUUAGGACUAAGAGUAAAGGAAUUCUAUAAAGGAAAAUGCCUCUUGACUGAAGAAGCAACAACACAGGUGGAAGGAGCGGAGCAUCCUAGCAGUGUUAAAGAUGACCAGCAGGGUGAUCCCAUCCUCCCGCUUGUAGAUUCUCAUGCCCAAAUGCAGAUUCGAAAGCAGAUUGUACUUGAAAAAUUGAGAAAAGUAUUGCCUGCAGUUUUGGGCCCUCUUCAGAUUACACUAGGUGAUGUUUACAUGGAACUGAAAAAUCUUGUCAAAACUUUCAGGUUAACAAAUACAAAUAUUAUUCACAAAAUGCCGGAAUGGACCCUAAUUGCUGUUGUGUUGUUAUCAGCUCAGGGAUUUCUGGAGGCUGCAGGUGAAGAAACUGACAGUAGUGGGAGCAGUGAACAAAGGUUGUCACAGAUUAUUCCAGUCUUUGCAAAUUCUCAACAGAGUCCAGUAUAUACACAGUUCCUGUCUACGUUACUUGAAGAAUUGCAUUUCACUAAAGAAGAUCUUGGAAGUUUAACAAGAAUAUUUAGACAUAACAGCAUGCCUGAAUGGUCAGUCAUCUCAAAACUAUGAAUGAUGAUGAUCUCAAACCUGUUCUUUUGCACCUGAAGUCAGUAUUGAAGUAUUGCUAUAGUGAACAAUUUUUUUUCUUUUCUGUUCUUAAACCUGAAAUUAAGCAUUUUACUUUGCAUCCUGUACUUUCACAUCUGUUUCUUAUGAAGGUGUUCUGAAAUUUUUUGGACAAGCUAAGUAGCACAGCAUUAGUUCAAUGUAUGAAUGAAGCUAAAAUAAGUUUGUAUGCUCUGAAAAUUGUCUGAGGAAAAAAGUAGUAAAGAUCUCCCAUUUUUUGUUUCAUUGCUAAAUCUUAAGGCAAACUGUGCCCACAAGAUUAGGGGAAAGAAAAGACAGAGCAUGUACCAGUCUCAUGGAAGGCGGGUACCAUUACUGGCAUCUUUUCUGCUGUUUCCCUGCAUUGGGCAGCAUUCUCCAGCAGAAUGCUGAGAAGGGCAGCAAAGAUUUCUGGUCUACAGCCCCUCCCCCCCGUGGCUUGUGUAUCUAUUUUUGCUACUUAUGAAGAUUGGUUUGGGUUCGAAUUUCUGUAACAUUUGAGAAUUUUAAAACUGAUUGUGUAGCUGGUCAUAGUUUGGCUUGCAAGAAAUUCAUGGUUUAUUUUUGAAUAAUUAAAAAGACCUCGUUUGAGCUUUAUUUCAAUAGUUAUUAAAUUUAUUUUGUGAUUGUUGCACUAUUUAGCUUUCUAGACCAAGAACAUCAUGACAUGCUCACAGUGUAAAGCCGAUUAAUAAACAUGCUUUGAAACCAAA